AUGGCCAUGCCCAAUGACGUAUGGGAGGAAAUCUCCCAGGACAUUCCCUCCGCCACGGACCCCUUCGUCCAGCAGUACCUCGCCGGCCGCGCCAACCUCAUCGACCAGGAGAAGACGACGCGCUCCGACGCCUCGUUCCGCAAGUCUCUGUCGCCCAUCGCCCGGCGGGCCUGCGCCAUCGUCGACCGCAUCCGCGACCAUGAGCACCGCACCGUCUGGACCCCGGACGUCGAGGAGGACAUGGCCCAGGCGAGCGAGCAGUGCGUCUUCCCGGGCAUGAUGUUCAUGAUGGCCAAGGAGCGCAUGGAGAGCACCAGGCUGUGGAAGAUUGUUCGCACCAUGCCCAAAGGCUGCCUCCUGCACGCCCACAUGGACGCCAUGGUCGAGUUUGACUACCUGCUCGACGAGCUCAUGAAGCUACCCGGCAUGCACAUGGCCAGCGACCAGCCCUUGACCACCAAGGACGCCCGCGAGACCGCCGCGCUCAACUUCAGGUACCGCGCAAAGGAAAACGCCGAGGGCUCCGUCUGGGACGGCGGCUACUCUCCCAACACCUUCAUCCGCCUUACCAAAGUAGCCGACGAGUUCCCCGACGGAGGGCGCCCGGGCUUCCUCAAAUGGCUCAAGAGCCGCUGCACGCUCUCCCUCGACGACAGCCACCAGCAACACCACGGCAUCGACGCCAUCUGGAAAAAGUUUGCCAAGUGCUUCGUCGUCGUCGCCACCAUAAUUCACUAUGAGCCCAUGUUCCGCUCAUAUCUGCGCCAGCUCAUGAAGCUGCUCAAAGCGGAUGGCGUCAACUGGGCUGAGCUGAGAUUCACCUGGCCGCUCGACUACUGCCGAGACCAGCAAGAGACGCCCGAGCAGGACUACAGCCACAUGUUCCAGGUGAUCGAGCAGGAGGUCAAGCGCUUCAAGGCCUCCCCAGAGGGCCAGGGCUUCUGGGGCAUCACGACCAUCUGGACGACGCUGCGCAGCGUGUCGACCAGACCCAUGAUUGAAAACAUGGACCACUGCAUCACGACGAAGAUGGAGUUUCCCCACCUGAUUGCCGGCUACGAUGUCGUCGGCCCGGAGGACUUUGGCAGGCCGCUGGUCGACCUGCUCCCCGAGCUGUUCUGGUUCCGCAAGCAGUGCUCGCAGGAAGGCGUCAACAUCCCCUUCUUCUUCCACGCGGGCGAGACGCUCGGCGACGGCUCGGGCACCGACCAGAACCUGUACGAUGCCAUCCUGCUAGGCACGCGGCGCAUCGGGCACGGCUUCAGCCUGUUCAAGCACCCGCUGCUCAUCGACAUGGUCAAGGAGAAGCGCAUCCUCAUCGAGUCGUGCCCCAUCUCCAACGAGGUGCUGCGCCUGUGCGGCUCCGUCACGGCGCACCCGCUGCCCGCCCUGCUCGCCCGCGGCGUUGCCUGCUGCCUCUGCAACGACGACCCCGCCAUGCUGGGCCAGGACACGGCCGGCAUGUCCCACGACUUCUGGCAGGCGCUGCAGGGCUGGGACAACCUCGGGCUCGCCGGCCUGGGCAGCCUGGCGGAGAACAGCGUCCGCUGGGCGGCGUUCGAGGACGAGGACGCCGCGGCCUGGGUCAAGGGCGUGCGUGAGGCGAGCGUCGGGGGCGGCCUCAAGGCGCAGCGCAUGAAGGAGUGGCAGGUCGAGUGGGAAAAGUUUUGCCUCUGGAUCGUGACCGAGUUCGGUGACGAGUUCGACCCGGAGGGCGAGGAGGCAGAGGCCCAGGUUGCUGCCUAG